CUCCACUACUAUGAGUAACUCCGGCUACACCGCAAACACAUGGCUGUGAUUGGCUGUACGGUGAAGCUGCGUGCGCCAAGACGCGCGCGCGCGCCCAAGAUCCCUGCCUGUGAGCUCGAAAACAUGAGAUACACAUGAGCUGUCAACCACCUCACCAUCGCGGAGCCACCACCAUCGUCGGCGCGCCCUUCGCGUCAAAAGCACCCGAGUAUCUCCACGAUCCAUCAUGUUCUCACCAGAAGCCUCGCUGCAAAGCGCGCGCAGCUCGUUGCGCGGGAAUCGUCGAAGACAGCGCGACUCCAACGGACAUGACCAGCCUCGACGAAAGCGCAGUAAAAUUGCGGAAGACGGCGCAUCACAGAUCACCGCCGGAUCGGAACUGAAAACAAAUGGCAGCGUCAAUGCGAACGGCUACGCUGGCCAUGAUAGCGUUGAGAACAGCGUCGUCCUCGUAGAGAUGCCAGUCCGUGAAAAGAAAGCACCGCCAAAGAGGACCCUGAAAGAAGACAGUGUGCAGUACUUGACGCAAAACGACAAUUACAGUAUCAGGAAGCUACCCAGUUUCCCGUCCGCUUUGACGCGUAUGCCCUAUACAGCUUCUGCGAUCUCGUCCGCCGGACUCGCGUUAGCAUUCACGACCGAUCGCGCCCUCGUUUGGGACUACAGCAGCGCAACGGGCCCUACAAAAGUCGUGACCCUUCCGUUGCCCUUUGACUUGAAGCCCUCCGAUCAGCUCCCGCUUGGCGCAAUUGUUCGGAACGGUCCUACAAACGACUACGGUGUUGUCGCAGUUGCGCCAUCAACCGGCAGGAUCACCUUCUGGGAAAAUAUCGACAAUGCCGAGGCCAGGAGCUUGUAUCCACAGCGGCACCAGGGGGUGGACGGUACCGUGAAGCUAUAUUCUGGAGAGACUAUCACCCAUCUGGUUGAUAUUGAACACGCAGGGUUCAUCUUAAAUUUCAGCAGCGGCAGACUCGCGCAAUUGACUCUGCGCGAUUCGCAAGGGCGACCGAACGUCAGCACCACUGUUCUGAACGGGCCCAAUGGCUCGAGUAGCAGCCUUUUCAGUCUACGAGGAUUACUGGGAGGCGCUAUUCGAAAGACUGUUUCAUCUGUCAAGGCGCGUCCAUCCGAUACGAAAGGUCAAAUGGAGGUGAUCACUACAACCAAGAACGGAGUUUUCCAGUUAUGGGACUUGAGCUGGUCAGGGCAACAGAUCUUCAAACAUGAAGUCGACGUCCACGAUGAGAUGCUCUCAGCAGUACAGGCUGGGUCUCCGCCCGAACUGCGCGCUCAAACCGACAUACAGGUCUUAGACUUUGCAAUCACAGAACAAACACGGACGCCUGGAUUGGUCAAGUGCCUGGCACUCGUGGCUUUAUUCGGACGCCAUACACUCGAUUACUCAUUGCUAGAAGUGGAUUUGGAGGCUUCAGGAGGCACGAUUAGCAGGUCCAUUCCGAUCAAGACCUUUCAUCAGGAGCACAUGCCUACUGAGCCAGCAGGGACACUCUUGGUUCCCCAGCCCGGUCACACGGCAUUUAUACAGUUCCCUGGAGCUGUUGUGAUCGCAUCCCUUGCUCAACCAGAGGAAAGUCCUGAGACACAACUCCUUGCGGAUUCCGGCAAACCUAACUUGCCUUUCCAAGACGUCGUGUAUUUUCGAGAAGAGCUGAAUGUUGUAGUCUGUGGACUUUCUACGGCAGCAACCACCCGAAAAGAAAGGAAGGCCACUGCCUUGAUCUUCGUCCAAGGUGCAGGCAUCCUACAGUUUACCGCGCAACCGCCAAUCACAGACGAUACCAAUGUGGAGAGACUCAAGGUCACAGCUCGAAGCAAGUUGGAGCAAGUCACUUUCUUCAGUUCUAAACCAGGCAACGUACUUGACUUUUCCGUCAAAUCGCGAUUCAGUUUCUCCGAAGAAGAGACCGCACAAGCAGCGCUUCAGGUCAGCUUGGGCAUCAUCAGUUCCUCUUACAAUCAUCUGGACAAGGUGACCUCUUCCAUGGACGAACAGUUCAAGACACGUGCUGCUGCUCUGCGGACUUUAAUAUCGAGUUUACGAUCCGAUUACCCUGAACUGCCUUUCUUGACAAAGUGGCGGCUGUUAUGGCACGCUGAGAAGCUUGCCGCUGCACACAAACUAUGGAAUUGGUACGAAGCGAAAUUACAGGACCAACAAGCUCACCCAGAUGCAUAUCCAGAGAAGGUUUUGAUGAGUGACAUCAUCAAGGCGAUGCACGAGCGUUAUAAGACACCCAUCAACCCUGAUCUUGGCGAAACUGAUCCGGUGCGACAAUACUUUCUUCGAGACAUCGACACCAUCGGCGUCCUCGUUCCCUGGGGCUGGAAUUACUUACGCACUUUUUACAUGAAAGAAGGCGGAAAGGAACAGCCAGCUGUUAUGCAGCGGCUCAGCGAAGGCUCGGAUGUCAUGCUGGUAACUUUGGAAACAGCGUUCAAAUUUCGACAAGCGGCCCUUGAAUCAUACGGCCUUGAUUCCAGCUCUCUUGAAGAUGGCAUUCUGAAACCAGGCCAGGGCUAUGAUGAGCUGCCAGUAUUCUGGACCUCUUCGCACAAUAUUGUCAGCUCUGUACGCAGUCUUGUCGAUGUUGGGCGUAAUCUAGCUGUUGAGAACUAUGAAGAGGGCCUUCAGGAAACGCUGUCACAGAAGAUCGCCAAAGACAACCCUCGCAUGGUCCGUAUUGGUUGCCAGACUCAUAUCGAACGAUUCCAGUGGUCUCUCGAACAGGCCGAUGAGAAGUCACGGGACAACGGACGUGUUCUCCGAGAUGAGUGGAAUAACAAGGUCCGACCGGAGCACAUUUGUGGUCUCAUGGAGCUUGGCCUGGCGACCGAGGGCAUGAAUCUGGCCGAGCACUACAAGGACAUGCCGACCCUCGUAAACCUGGUUUGGGACGAAACCAUCUGGCUCGAGAAAGAGAAGGCUGCAACUCGAAGCAAGAUGGAGAUUGCUGAGAGUACAGUCAAGCUGAAGAAGAUCAAAGAACGCAUCGUCCGUUACUUCGACACGUACGGAGAUGACUGGGCUGAAGCAUUCUAUCUGAAGCACAUCAAGGAGGGUAAGGCAGCUCAGAUGUUCGAACCCGAGCAUUUGAACCAGGCGGCAUUGAGCAAGUUUUUGCGAUCUGACCCGUCCCGCGCUAGGCUUAGGUGGAUCAAUGAGGUCUCUGGCGAAAAGGACUUUGAAGCUGCCGCCGAAGCACUUUUCGAGACCGCCAGCAAACAAGAGACGAAUGUGUGGUGCAACAAAGUCGAGUUGUCCAUGUGCAAGCUGUCAAUGCUCUGUCAAAAGGAAGACAAACCCGGCCAGACACAUGUCAGCAAUCCUCAUGAGCCAUCCAAGGCGGAGAAGAUUCGCGAAAAGAACUACAAGAUUGUGCAAGAUCAAUGGGAGUACGUCACUAUCCAGGGGCUCCUCUACGAUCACCUGUCAGCAACCUUUGAAAGAGCGCUUGAUGACACGGUUGCUGUGGAUCUUUUGAUGGAGGAGUAUGCGAAGGGUCCAAUCGAGGCGCGACCGGCGCAUAUGACGUUGCUUCGGGAAGGGUUGGAGAAUCUUAUACACCACAAGGUUCUCGAUCCCGCGUUGACGAUCGACAUCCUCACCCUCAUGAACGAUACCAGCGAAGAGGAACCUACCUCGGUGAUACAAUCUAAUGAGUUCACGUUUGCCUUGAGGGUUCUUGCAGCCAACUGGCACAGUAUCCACCGCACGACACGAGAUGGGCUCCUGAAGCUUAUUUGGAAGCGCUUAUGUAACAAGGACAACUGGGCCGAGAUCAACAAUACCAAGGACAUCUCCGAUGCGACACUGGAAGAGUUCUUGAGCACUACUCACGUUGGCCGGACCUUUAGAGGUCUCACGAGACUGAUUGACCUUGACGAGCAUAACCGUGUAGUGUGGCCCAAGCAACUGACGGCCUUGGUCGGGGCAGGUGGCACUCACGGAGAGCUUUGUGUGCGUUUCCCGUUCGAAGAUCUUCGUGAGCCGAUCAUCAAGGACAACUUACUUGAUGAUGAGAUUUUGCAAGAGAACCUCGACAAGAAUCGCCUUGAUCCAUGGUUCAAAGCAGCGUGUAGAGCAGGCAAGCUUGCCUGUGCGAAGGAGAAGGAGGAUAUGCGACAAGGGUCCGCCGCUAAAGCAGGGCGCGUCGAUGAGGAGGCGCUUGAUGAAGCGUUUCAUGAGGACGAACCUUCGAUACUUGAUGGUGGUGAUAUUGUGAAUGGGGCUGACCAGGAUCAAGAUCAGGAGAUGCAAGGGUCGUAAGAAGCGGACGGCUAUCAAGGCCGCGGAGGCGAAGGUUCAUGUUUCAAAUAGGCGGACAGCAUGGGAAAAGCAUUGGGCAAGGCGUUUCGAAAAGAACACAGCAAUGGCGCUUCUUUCAUCUAGCGAUCGGCGGCGGGCGUACUGUUCAUAGAGCAUGCUACAUUCAAGCUGCUAACGGCAACGGAGGUCUGCAUGGCGGACAAGUGCAAACUCUGGCAAGAAAUAGAUAUGUUUCAGACUCCAGUAUCUUCCACUGUCCUUGAACGACGAUCUCCGGAGCUGGAGCGCUCCUGAUUAUACUUUGUAGACGAUAGAUUGUGUCAAUAAUUGAGGCGACGUCAUUCGGUA